AUGGCAAGAACAAAGCAGUCAGCAAGAAAAUCUACUGGGGUCACUGUCGCAAGUGGUGGUAAGGCUCCUCGAAAGCAACUUGUAACUAAGUCGGCCAGGAAGACAUCUACGCCAGCGUCUGGUGCUGCUAAGAAGCAUAGAUACAAGCCAGGCACCGUGGCUCUCAGGGAAAUCCGCAGAUAUCAGAAGAGUACUGAGCGUCUUAUUCGAAAACUGCCUUUCCAAAGGCUUUGUCGUACUAUUUGCAGGGAACAGGCUGGUGCAUCCGACAUUAGAUUCCAGGGCCCUGCUCUCCUCGCCUUGCAGGAGGCAACUGAGCUUUAUCUCGUUGGUUUGUUUGAGGAUGCUCUCCUUUGUGCCCAGCAUGCGAAGAGGGUCACUGUGUUUGGAAAAGACUUUGUAUUAGUAAUGAGGAUUAGGUCUAGAUUUACACGUGUGGGCGGAGCUCAGGAAUAA